UGAUAUUUGAGAACCAGCAGGUGCUAUCUGCGAACUUUAGCCCGAACGUCCUUUGCACCAGUUCCACUGCAGCCUUCUGUGAUAACGACAUUUUGCACUUACAAGGAGCAGACAACAUGUGCAGCUGACCUUGACUUUGUGGCCAAAAGAUGAGCUCCUUCUUCAAGGUUGUGGGUGGGCUGAUCAAUGCAGCAGGAGCUAAUAUAAACCCUUAUAAGGUUCAAGUAUGUGAACCUGAGAAACAAAAGAAGGAGAAAGUAGUGGAGAGAAAUGAUGCCAUGACACUCUACAAGCAAACCGGCUGCUUUGAGGCAGUGUUGUACCACUCUGCAGCCCACCCUGGAAACAGUUUCAGUUUAUUCAGAUUGACCAAUGAAGGAGAGGCCAGUUCCACCUUCAAAAAGUUGGCUUCUAUACUUGUCCCUCUGUACAAAAGCACGUUAAAGGUGUACCAGGAACAGAUGUUACAACUUAUAUGUGACACAGUCCGGCAGAACCCCACCUGGACUGUAGCCCAUGUGGCAGCCCAUGUUGGUCUUGUGGAUGCCUUAAAACACAAACCUAUAUCCAGAUGCCUUAACACAGCCACAACUGACACCGCGCUGACCCCUCUGAUGGUGGCUAUAACAGCUGGUCACCAGGCCUGUGUGGAGGAGAUGCUGAAACAGGGUGCAAAGCUGGACAUGGUCAAGGCUGACGGUGACACAGCUUAUCACAAAGCUGUCAUAUACUGCCCUGAUGCCAUUGAGUUGAUGGCGAAGGCAGAUCAUAAUGGAGUGAUCAAUUGGCUGAAUGCUUCAGGCCAGAGUGCUCUCCACUUGGCUUGUUCUGAGAGCAAACCUGACAGCACUGACAAGUUACUGUCCAAUGGAGCGGAUGUAAAUGCCACAGGGUGUGACACCAAACCAAUCCAUAUGGCCUUCAAAGUUGGUGACAUUGAAUCAGCUCGGAAGAUCUUAACUCAUCACCCAGACCAAAUUAACUCCAGGGAUAGCAAGUAUAAUGGAACACCUGUACAUUGGGCAAAGUCAAAAGAAGCUGUGGAGCUAUGUGUGGAGAAGGGGUGUGAUCUGAAUGCUGUCAGUGAAGCAGGGGACUCACCCCUUAACAUUAUGCUGGAGAGAGGACGAUUGGACUGUGUCACUGGCUUGCUAUGUCAUGGGACAUGUGUGAAUGCAGCAGGCAAGGGAGGUAACACACCCCUUCAUCUAGCUGUUAAGAAAGACAACAUUGAUUUGAUCAAGAGUCUCAUUGUGUUUGGUGCUAAUGUUGAUGCAAAAAAUGACAAUAACCAGACAGCUCGUCAUUUAGUUGCAACAAGCAAGUUAAAAAAUAGGGAUGUGAUGUUGUAUAUAUUUCACCGGUCAGGAGCAGAGAGGUGUGGCAAAAAAACUAAAGGUUGCCUCAAUGGCUGUGUGUCAGAGGGAAGCUUCAAUGGAAAGCCUGACGAAUCCAUGGAGGAACUUCUGUCACAGGAAAGGAUGGCUGUGGACGACGUUUUGGAUGAUGCUCUCUCCAGGGGGGUGGAUUCUGUGCCUGAGACAGACAAUGCCGUCAACCCGCAAAGGGUGUUAUGUUUGGAUGGGGGAGGCAUCCGGGGAAUUGUACUUAUACAAAUGCUCAUUGCCAUUGAAAAAGCUGCUGCGGUGCCAAUAAAGGAAUGUUUUGAUUGGAUAGGAGGAACCAGUACAGGGGGCAUUCUCGCCAUUGGCAUCGCUAUUGGAAAACCUCUACAGCAAAUUUUGGGGAUGUAUUUUGGUCUUAGGGAUAAAGUAUUUGUUGGGACUCGUCCAUAUCCAUCCAAGCCUUUAGAGGAUUUGUUGAAAAAAGAACUGAGUGAGACGCUGGUAAUGUCUGACAUCAAAUAUCCCAAAAUUCUAGUGACGGGAGCUCUAGCUGAUCGUUUUCCUCCAGAGCUGCAUUAUUUCCGAAACUAUGUUCCACCUAUAGUGUAUCGCCCUACGUCGGAGGGACCCCUUCAAAGCGUCCACCCACCACCUAGUGAACAGUUAGUAUGGCAGGCAGCUAGGUGCAGUGGAGCGGCACCCACCUAUUUCCGUGCUUCCGGACCAUUCCUGGAUGGGGGACUCGUCUCCAACAACCCUACAUUAGAUGUCAUGACAGAGAUCCACGAGUACAACAUUGGUUUAAAGACUCAGGGCCGACAUGAAGAGAUCACUCCCCUGGGUGUGAUUGUGUCCCUGGGGACAGGCCGUAUUCCCACUGUGCCCGUCAGAACCAUAGAUAUAUUUAAGCCUGGAGGACUGUUUGAUGCCUGGAAGUCUGCCCAGGGAAUGUCAGCCCUCAUUAAUAUCCUCCAGGAACAGGCCACUGUGACCGAGGGACGCCCAAAUGACAGAGCCCGGGCCUGGUGCAGUAUGAUUAAUGUUCCAUUCUUCCGGUUUAGCCCCCAGCUAUCUGAGGAUGUACCGUUGGAUGCUCAUGAUGACAAAACUAUACUUAACAUGAUGUGGGAAACACAGUGCUACAUAGCCACUAAAAAACACAAGUUUUCUGAACUGGGCACACUUCUCAGGGGAAACAACCCUCAUGACAAGUCUUAAGUAAACUUACCUUGGGAAAGUGCACUACUUGGAUAAGACAUAUUUUAUCUCAUACCCAGGCUAUCUCCCCUUCCCCCAACUCGAGGGUCCAAUACAGUUCAUCAGGGAAUCUGUCAGAAUACAUGUCUUUUCUGACAGUAUUUAGAAUAGCAGACAAUUGGGGCUUAAACUUCCAAUCCCAGUCUUUAUUAACUCAUCAGGGAGUCUUCUUAUUUUCCAGUGUUUUUUGGACAAACUCAGAUGGACAAAAAUCAGGAAACUCAGUUGUUUUUUGAGUAGAACUUUUUUUACCUUGCAAGUGGAAAGGAACAAAAGCCUUCACAUACUUUACUGUCUUUGUACGGCAUAUGGUUUCGAUUUCUCAUUUUAAAUGGACUUUUUUUCCAUACCAUCAUUGUUGGCAGACACACUUUUGUAAUGUUCAUAUAACAAAGGCCAGUUGAUCAAGAUGUCAUCAAGAUGCAUUUAAUGAAGUUGAAGUCUUGUCCACUCUAUAAAGUGGUCACUGUCUGUUAAGUGUGCCAUUCAGACCACUGCAAAACAAAAUGAGCUUUCGUUGAUACAACCAUAAGAUUGUUUAAUUAAGAAAAGAUAACCAAAGAAUUUCACUCACUUUAGGUACAGUUAAAAAAUAAUAUUUGCGUAAAUGUUCUUUUUUUUGUGUGUGUUACUUGUCAUAUUCUCACAUGAAUGAACAGAAUAAAGUAAUUAAUAUUUUUUUGUUAAUUACAACACCAUGUAGAUUUUCAUGUGUGAAGCCUUUGUAGGCGGUCAUGUGUCGUUCCAUGUUGUAAUUUAGGCCUGCUGUAUUGCUCAGUUUUCAAUAUCCCACCCUGUAGCUCAUGUUGAGUGUUCCCUGUUCUGAGUAUGUGGGCAGAAAGCAUUUGAUUUUUGCUGGAGUAUCAUGAAGUUUUGUCCCAUUGGUGAUAAUUCAUUCACAUGAGAGCUGCUGUCAAAAUUUUUCCAAGACGUGGAAUUGCUUUGUAUAUCACGCUUGUGAUGCAUUUGCUUAUAAUUGUAUACAGUUGGCCUCCGUGGCUCAGUUGGUUCACGCUUGCGCGGCAUAAUGACCCCAGAGCCUCUCACCAAUAUUCUUGCGUAAAACGCCAAUCAAAUAAACAAAUAAAUAAAUAUAAUUGUAAACACAAUCCAUACUUCUUGCAUGAAAAGUUUCAAUACCGAUAUAUUAUGAAUUAUUGUUGUCUUUUCCUUUACACCGACUUAUUCACUAAACGUAUAGUGAAUCGCAUUUAUUUACAAUUAUUGCCACAGGACAAUAUUUUUGACAAGAUCAGUUCUUACCAAUAUUAAUUUAUAAGUUUGUCGCUCUAAACAGAGCAAUUCAACAUUCAAUAAUCUGCCUAAAAUAUGUAAUUUUGUCUUUCACUAUUGAAUUUUCCGAAAAACAAAAAGGGGAAUAUACAUGUAUUAAGUGGGAAUGUCAGUGUGUGCUUAGACUUUGUGUAAUCUCUUUUCAUUAAUUUUAUAAGUAGUUUUAAAAGGAAAUAUGGAGAAAAUGGAAAGUUUUUUUUUUUUGGAAAUGUUGUAAUGCGAAAGUUUUUAAGUUCAUAAGAAGACAUUUGGUAGCCUUAAUAGUUAGGAGAAGCUAAUAUGGAUGCAGAAUUGGAUAUUGUGAAGAAUUGUCUAAUGAGGAGUUUAAUAAGAGUGACCUAUCAUGUUACCAUGGAAAAAUUCUCUAUAUCUAAACAUGUAUGACAGAAAACAUUUAUGAUGGAAAGCGUACAAUGCUUUUGGCUGUCUCUUUUUUUUUUUUUUUCUUCAUGUAAAUUUGUGCUGAGUGUUGAAAUGUAUUUGUUUGAUGGGAGUUGAUUUUUGUGCUAAUGAUAGUCAUGAGAGUUAUGGAUGGAGGAAACCGGAGUCCCUGAAGUAAGGCUCACCUCCUUGCCAGGUACUUCCUGUAUGGAUGGAGGAAACCAGAGUCCCUGAAGUAAGGCUCAGCUCCUUGCCAGGUACUUUAUGUAUGGAUAGAGGAAACUGGAGUCCCUGAAGUAAGGCUCAGCUCCUUGCCAGGUACUUCAUGUAUGGAUGGAGGAAACCGGAGUCCCUGAAGUAAGGCUCAGCUCUUUGCCAGGUACUUCAUCUAUGGAUGGAGGAAACCGGAGUCCCUGAAGUAAGGCUCAGCUCCUUGCCAGGUACUUCAUGUAUGGAUGGAAGAAACCGGAGUCCCUGAAGUAAGGCUCAGCUCUUUGCCAGGUACUUCAUGUAUGGAUAGAGGAAACCGGAGUCCCUGAAGUAAGGCUCAGCUCCUUUCCAGGUACUUCAUGUAUGGAUAGAGGAAACCGGAGUCCCUGAAGUAAGGCUCAGCUCCUUGCCAAGUACUUCAUGUAUGGAUGGAGGAAACCGGAGUGCCCGAAGUAAGGCUCAGCUCUUUGCCAGGUACUUCAUGUAUGGAUAGAGGAAACCGGAGUCCCUGAAGUAAGGCUCAGCAACUUGCCAGGUACUUCAUGACUUAAAGAUGCAGCCAAACAACAAAUAUUGAAUCAAUUCUUCGACCUCAUGGGCCAGGGGCCAAUUGUAGCCAGGAUAACACUUUAGUGUUUAAUGAACCAGGAAAAGCUCAUGCUGAACGUCAUUACAGUGAGCGUUACGGUUGGCCAUUUCUGUUCUUUACUUCUGUCACUACCUCAUUAUUUCCACGGACUGAGUGAUUGAUUAUCGCCUAAUGAUCAGCUUGUUAAAUCAUUAUAUUUUGAAUUGUCCCAUUUGAUGGGAUCCCAGUUGUUCUACGGCCAGUCUAAAUGCAUGUUACAUCUGUAUGAACUGUUUUGAUGUAGAAUAGCUGGUCUCUUCAUAUGUUAUAGGCUACAUCACUCAUUUUGUGUCUUGACCCGAAUGUGAUUUUUGACAAAAUAGCAGUGCUCACUGAGAAAUCCUGCUGCUUUCAGCUAAGUGGAUAGGUGGUGGUGUCAAAUAUGUAGACUUCUAUUAUAUUAAAUAUGUAGACUUUCUUUCAUGCCUCUUUUCAGCUACAAAGUGAGAUCUAUGUUAUCAGCAGUAGAGAAGAAAACAAGCCAAACGCAUCCUGAAAUUAAACAUGGUAAAGAAUAGAUGAGUGAUUGUAUGCCAAAUAGUAUGCAAAGCAGUGAAUAGAUUUUAUGAGCUUCUGCCAGAAAAAAUAGAAAUGCAAUUUUCACUGAAUGGGUGCUGAUAGUUUUGCAAGAUUGCUGUGGGGUACUGGUGAGUGACACCUCUGCCUCUAGAUCUAAUGCCAUGGUGUUAAUGUAAGAGUAAUGUUAUAUAUGUACACAAGUUCUGGACUCAUUCCAAAAUACCUGCAAGACUUUGUAGGGAGAAAUAUUAUUUUGUAAGGUGAGAAAAAGAGAAAUAUUUGGAUUGGUUUCCAGCAAACAGACAUUGCUCAGUGAUAACUGCUUGGAGCUGAUUUACAAUACAGUAGCUUCUGAACAAUGGUACCAGUAAGCUAGAGUCUCAAUACAACAACAUUACUCAAUGUAAAAUAUCCAUGAAGUUCAAUAUUCUUUAUCAUUAUUAAUGCUACAAGAAAGUGAGUAAAAAUCUUAAGAGCUGACUACAGUGUUGGUCAGUAAAAUGUUCUUCCAUCUGUAAGGUUAUGAACUAGCUUUGAAGCAUACUGAGAGCCAUGUUGAUUUUUCAGUAUAGGCUCAGAAAUAGGGUUUUUUUUCUUAUGAAGAAAACUUGAAUGUAUAUAGAGGUGUGAUGUAGUGUAUUGGCCAAAAGUGGGACAAGAAAUAGCUUUGCUGAUGUACUCUAUUUUACUAGCUUUUAAUUAAUGUGUGUGUUAUUUCCACUGAAGUACUGCCCAGAAUGUCGUGUAUUUGUUUAAUUUUUCUCUGUUCUUGGAUAGCAUGUAUCUGUACAUGUUAACCUUUGUUCUGUGCUUUCCAGCAUGGUUCAUUGAAUAGUUGUCUGUAUUUUCUGAAACUGGUAUUCCUUACCUUCAAAUAUGACACUACUAAAAACUCACAGGCCAUGUCAACUUCAUGUAAAAGCAUGCAGACAUGCCUGUGCAACCCUUUGUUUGCUUGUAGUGUACAGUCUAUAUAUGCAGUACAUAGUAACUGCGAUGGUCAGUCUGUAUACUGACGUGUAAGAAAAUGUUCUAGUUACCAUAUGCAUUUCUCAUUUCAAUUCUCAAAAGCACAAAAUUUGUUUUGUUUUGUUGUUUUUUUUUUCCUGAUACAUUUUGUGUUAUAUGUGUUCUCUAUACAUCCAGUCCAGUCCAUUAUAAUUGUUCAUUUUUUAUGUUGUCAUGUGUUCCAAAACCAUUGCUGGUAUUUGUUAGAACUAUCUUAGUUUUAAUUACUUGUGGAAGUAAGGUUAAAAUGUUAAUAUAUUUGCAUGUUUAUCUCUACCAGGUACAAAAGCUUUAAUAGGUUAGAGGGUGGACCUUUAGCUCCGUCAUGUCCAUGGUCAUUUUGAUUAUUUUAAUGCGAUACCGAAGUUUCCUACAUGUAGAAUGCUUUCUUAUUUUAUUGUACAUCUUUCUCAAGUAGAAAUAAUACAAUCUUUAUAGGUCAUAGUUCUAUAGAUCAUAGAAUUUAGAAAUUAAACAGAAAAAGGUUGUUCUAUUCCCUUUUUGUUUCUUUACUGGUACUUUUUGUGCUUGUAUGGUGAUGGCCUCUUUAUUGUCAUAACUUAAGUUUUUAUAGGUUAAUUGAUUUUUUAAUUGUGAACCAGAUCAAAGUACACUUGUACAUGUACCCUUCUUCUGUAGUAGUUAGGCCUACGAAAUAUACAUGUAUAAUCUCACCGAUACUCAAUGUGGUGGCUUUUCAGGAUUUUAAAUUAGUAUGUAAUGAGUGAAAAGCUUGAGGAAUGCACCUCUCCUACAGGUAUGCUGACAGAGGGAGCGGUAAAGACUGAGAAUUAACAAAAUUGGACAAGUCCAGUGUAGCAGCCAAAAUGUUAAAUUAUUCUUGUUUCAUCCUAAGCAGAACCGAAUUUGAGGUCUACUUAGUGCAGUGUUGUCAGACAACAUAUUGGUUAAAAGGUUAUCAACUGAAAGUCAGAAUUUUCAUUUCAAAGUUAUAGGAGAAUUUUACAAAUUAUUCAUGUUCAUCACACAUUAGUAUUCUGGGUUUUGCUGGGUAACUAUGGUUUGAAGGGCGGCCCAAAGCACAUACAAAGUAUCUUUUAUUGAAAACAGUAUGUUUUAUUAUUUGAAAUGUAGGCCUUUUUCUUUGUGUGUGAAAUGUCCCAACAACAGUUGAUUAGUGGACUGCUGUAGUUACCUGGCCAAUUUAGAGAGUUCUCACUCCCUAUCCCUCAGUCCAGCAGCAGGAGAGGAUCAUCAUUGUACCGAAUAUGUGAUCGAACUCUGUGAUUCUGAAAAUGUAUAUUAGUAGGCUUAUUUAAGGUGAUGCUCAAGCCUGUCCAA